UCCGCUUUAUUUUUUUCUCCUUACAAAUCUACAAAUUUGAGGAUGAGGGCGCAGAUCCAAAAAGUUCCUCAAAUUGUUGAGUUGCUGAAAAAGAAGUCUGUGGGGCUGCAGCACUUCAAACCAACAUCCUCAGUGUGCGUCUUGGAGGAGAAGGAUGCUGUGGAGGCUGCGCGGUGCCCUCACGCUGCCUCCAGAGCGCACAGCCUGGACGCGAUCCCGGGACCCACCAACUGGCCCCUGGUCGGCAGUCUGGUCCAGCUCCUCCGGAAAGGAGGUCUGACAAGACAACACGAGGCCCUGGUUGAUUAUCACAAAAAAUUUGGCAAGAUUUUCCGGAUGAAGCUGGGCUCUUUUGAGUCGGUGCACAUUGGCGCACCUUGCUUGCUGGAGGCGCUCUAUAGGAAGGAGGGAAGUUACCCUCAGAGGCUUGAGAUCAAACCCUGGAAAGCAUACAGAGACCUCAGAGACGAGGCGUACGGACUCCUCAUCCUGGAGGGGAAAGACUGGCAGAGAGUGAGGAGCGCGUUUCAGCACAAACUCAUGAAGCCCACAGAAGUGGUGAAGCUGGAUGGCAAAAUAAACGAGGUGUUGCUGGACUUCGUUAGCAGAAUUGGAAAAAUAAACGCCAGUGGGAGGAUUGAAGACUUGUACUUCGAACUGAAUAAAUGGUCGUUUGAGACCAUUUGCCUCGUCCUCUAUGACAAGAGAUUUGGUCUGCUGCAAGAAAAAGUCAAUGAGGAAGCCAUGAACUUCAUCACAGCUGUGAAAACGAUGAUGAGCACCUUUGGUAUGAUGAUGGUCACACCUGUGGAGCUCCACAAGAGCCUCAACACCAAAACAUGGCAGGAUCACACUGCUGCAUGGGACCGCAUUUUCAGUACAGCCAAAGUCUACAUCGACAAGAAGUUGAAGAGGAACGCCGUCAGAGCGCCCGAUGACUUAAUCGGUGACAUCUUGCACCACAGUUGCCUCUCCAAGAAGGAGCUGUACGCAGCCAUCACAGAGCUGCAGAUCGGAGGGGUGGAGACGACUGCCAACAGUAUGCUGUGGGCUAUUUUCAACCUGUCACGUAACCCUGGCGCCCAGAGGAAGCUGCUGGAGGAGAUUAGAGAGGUGGUGCCUCCUGACCAGGACCCGUGUGGAGAGCACAUCAAGAGCAUGCCCUACCUCAAGGCCUGCCUUAAGGAGUCUAUGAGGUUAUCGCCAUCAGUUCCAUUCACAAGCAGGACCCUGGACAAAGACACUGUGUUGGGAGAUUAUGCCAUUCCCAAAGGAACAGUUUUGAUGAUAAAUACACAUGCUCUCGGCUCCAAUGAGGAGUACUUUGACGAUGGGAAGCAGUUUAAACCUGAGCGCUGGCUGCGGGAGAACAGCACCAUCAACCCUUUCGCCCAUGUUCCCUUCGGCAUCGGAAAGAGGAUGUGCAUUGGACGGCGGCUGGCAGAGCUGCAGCUGCAGCUGGCCAUGUGCUGGCUGGUCAGAGACUAUGAGAUUGUGGCAACGGAUAACGAGCCGCUCGACGUGAUCCAUUCAGGACUUCUGGUUCCCAACAGAGAGCUGCCUGUCGCCUUCAUCAAGAGAUGAAGCUCCAUAUUAAGCUCUUCUGGACAUCGUGACAGAAAGAUGAUACCUCUGUUGCCAUGGCCCUGACGGUCCAGUGACUCCCUGUAUUGCUGCUCUGUAAAUAGAAAAAAAGAAAAAGAAAUUAUUAUACAUGUAAUCAUGCCAUAAAUACCUCAAACUUAUUUAAAACUAUUACUUAUGACUGUUAAUGACUGACCAAAAUACCAGUUGUAAUGUACAAAUUGAAUGUUGUACCAAGGCAGCUGCUGUCCUCAAAUCUUAAUAAGUGUAUGUAGAUGUCAAACUAUAACUUUAUGCUUUGUUUAGUAAGUUAUAUAUAAAUAUAUACAUAUAUAUAUAGGUCACGCAUUUGUUUAUUUUUCAUUGUGUAUAUAAAGUGCAAUUAUAAUAUUGUAAUGAUGUACA